AUGACCUAUUACCGCGCGCGCGGACACCCCCUCGAUUCCCUCGUCGACCUCUCGCACCUCUCCUCCCUGCCCUCGCCCGCACACCCCUUCGCGCCCACCCGCAACGCACAUGCGCUCGCGCAGCGGUUCUCCGCGCCCACCUCCCCUUCCGGCUCCUCCGUUCACUCCGCCUUCGGCCCCUCCUCCGCUUCUGUCGUUCUCCCCCCUUCCUCCGCCUCCGCAAUCCUUCCGCCCCCUGCCCGCGGAGGCUCCGCCAACUACCGCUUCGCGCUGACCAAGCCUGGCGCAGGGGAACCAGGCGGAGGGGGAACAGGCGCGGGCGGGGUAGGGGAAUGGGUGGCGGAAGUGCACGCGCAGCAGAGAGGGAAUGAUGGGACGGGGGAAGGGGCUGGGCGAGGGGAAGGGCAGGGAAGCUCCGCGGAACGGGGGGAAUCGACGCGAGGGGGUGAGAAGGUGUGGAGGUCCCGCGUGGACAUAGGCGGGUCAGUGGAGGGUGGCGCGCUCCACUCAUCACCCACCCCAUUCCCCCUCUCCCCACGCUCUCACUUCGUCCCGCUCUCCUCCCCUUCCCGCCCGCACCCUGCCCUGCCCCUCUCCCCCUCCCCCACAUACGACCUCCCUAUCGCGCAUUACAGCUCCUCCCCCUCCGCCAGUGCUUCCCCCUUCCCCCCUGCGCGCAGCCCCUUCUCUCCCCCGUCCGCAGAGCUCCUGGCAGGCGCAGCGGCGAGAGGGGCGGGCAGGGCGGGCAGGGAGGGGGGCAUGGCGCGGGGAGGGGCGGAGCAGCUGUGGCGGGAGCGGGUCCUGGCAGCAGCAGGGGCGGCAGGGGGGGCUGCGCCCUCCGCUGCCCCCCCACCAGCAGCACUGGCGGUGGGGGGAGCAGCAGGGGCGGGGGAGUUGGUGGUGGGGGGACAGAGGGUGGACGCGGGGGGGCUUCUGGGGGGAGUGAUGGCGCAGAGGCGCGCAGUGGGAGGAGGGGGGAGAGGGGGGGCAGGGGGUGUAGGUGGGAUUGGGGCAUGGUAUGGGGUGGGCGGGGCAGGGGGGAUUGGGGGGGAACAGUAUGGGGAUGGGUACGGGGAGGCGCAUAAGAGGAGGCGGAGGGGGGUGGUGGGGUUGGCGGUGGGAGCAGCAGAGCAGGUGUGGCGGUGGUGGCAGGAGGCAGAGUGGGUGAGGGACUGGGCGAGGGACGGCAGAGAAGGCAGGGAGCAGAGGGACGGCAGGGAAGAGAGGGAUGGGAGAGAGGGCAGGGAGGGGAGGGAGGGGAGGGGUGCACGGAGAAGGCAGGUUGCGAUGCAGGCGGCAGGAGACCCCUCGCCCCGCGCGGCAUCAGGAGCAGCAGCAGUGCACAGCGAGCUGCUGCGGCACUUCCAGGCGGACCUGGCGCGCCUAGCCCCCCCAUACCCCCCAUUCUCCCCAUCCCCCCCAUCCCCCGUUCCCCUCCCCACGCACCAGGCCGAAGGUGACCCGUCGCCCCGGGCGGCAUCAGCAGCAGCAGCAGUGCACUCUGACUUACUGCUGCACGCCCAGGAGGACUUGGCGCGCCUGGAGGGCGCGGAGGAGGGGCAGUCAUGCUGGGCGCUGCACGAGCGCGCGCUGCUCCUCCCCCCCUCGCCCCACUCGCCCUCCCCCGCGCUGCUUUCUGCCCUCCGCGUCUACGAGCGCAUGCACGAGGUGAGGGAGAGAGGAGGGAGGGUGAGGGAGGGGUGGUGGUGGGGUUGGGGGGGGAAGUGUGGGGGACAAGGGGGAUGGUUCCCUGCGCUGCUCGCUUCUCUCCGCGCCUACGAGCGCAUGCACGAGGAGUGUGUGGCGGGCGUGCAGAGCUGGGAGGCACAUGCGGAGAAACUGGAGGCGCCACGAAGCACAUGCAGCUACCUGGUGUGGUACGAGCCACAGACGCACCCCAGUGUGGCACAGCGCCUGCUGUCGCUGCUAUCGGCCUUCCUCUACGCUUUGCUCACCCACCGCGCCCUGCUAGUUGACACUCACGGCGACCUGCCCAGCUGCACUCGCUUCGCAUGCCCCAUCUCCACGCUCUCAUACCCCAUCUCCACCCUCUCAUACCCCAUCUCCACCCUCUCAUACCCCAUCUCCACCCUCUCAUACCCCAUCUCCACCCUCUCAUACCCCAUCUCCACCCUCUCAUGCCCCAUCUCCACGCUCGCAUGCCCCAUCUCCACGCUCUCAUACCCCAUCUCCACCCUCUCAUACCCCAUCUCCACCCUCUCAUACCCCAUCUCCACCCUCUCAUACCCCAUCUCCACCCUCUCAUACCCCAUCUCCACCCUCUCAUACCCCAUCUCCACCCUCUCAUACCCCAUCUCCACCCUCUCAUACCCCAUCUCCACGCUCUCAUACCCCAUCUCCACCCUCUCAUGCCCCAUCUCCCCCCAGUCCUCAUGCCCCCAGUCUGCUGUGCAACCCCUUCCCGCGCUCCCCCUGGUGGCUGCUCGCUCUGCCUCAUCACUCCUCCUCAUCCUCCCCCCGUCUCCUGCUAUUUGCAUCCCCCCCCCCAAGCCUGCUGUGCAUCCCCUUCCCGCGCCCCUCAUGGUGGCUUCUCGCCCUGUCUCAUCACAUCUCCGCAUCCUCCCCCCAUCUCUCCCUCCUGUCAUCUCCCCUUCAUCUCCCCUCCCCCCCAGUCUGCUGUGCAACCCCUUCCCGCGCUCCUCCUGGUGGCUGCCCGCGGGCCUGCCAGAGCAUUUCCGCCUGCACCCGCCGCACCAGGGCGAGUGGGUCAACGGCAGCACCAGCAACAGCUUCUUCGCUCCACUCAACCGCAGGGACGUGGCCACCAUCUACUUUGAGGUGAGUGAGGCUGCUGCCGUGCCCAUGCCCAUGCACAUUCACAUGCACACCUACCUGCUGUUCCCACGUGGGUACCAUCACGCAUGCAGCACAGGACUUGCCUGCAAGCCUGACCCCUCGUCUCCACUCGCCAUCUUCUCAUCCCCACCUCCCCACCUCACCCUCCCCACCUCCCCACCUCACCCUCCCCACCUCCCCACCUCACCCUCCCCACCUCCCCACCUCACCCUCCCCUCCUUCCCACCUGCUGCCCUUUGCCUUACUGUCCCUCCCCUUCCCUUCCAAUUCGUUCACCCGCCCCAUCCCCGUCCACCCCACAGGCACAGCGCUACCCAUGGGAUGAGCAGUUCUUCUGCUCCUCCAUGCAAGCCCAACUCGCCCGCAACGCCACACCCAACUCGCCCGCAACGCCACAUGGCUGGCCAUGCUGAGCAGCGCUAUGCAUGGGAUGAACAAUUCUUCUGCUCCUCCAUGCAGACCCAACUCGCCCGCAACGCCACAUGGCUGGCCAUGCUGUGCGACCAGCACCUGCUGCCCUCGCUCUUCCUGCUGCCCGCCUUCCACCGCCCGCUGCACCGCCUCUUCCCCUCCCGCGUGCUGCUGCACCCGCUCGCGCGCUACCUGCUGCUGCCCGCCAACGCCGUGUGGGAGCGCGCUCUGAGGGCGCAUCAGGGCCACCUCGCGCAUGCAUGGCGGUCCGUGGGCGUGCAGCUUGCAAGUUGGGGGAGCGUUGCGAUGAAAGAGGCGAUGAGGGAGCAAGCCCUGGAGUGCGGCAUGUCACACGGCGUGCUGCCGCUGCCCCUGGCGCCGUCGCAGCUCGCCGCCUUCCUCAAUCACUCCUCCCGCGCGCGCCACCUCUCCCUCUCCUCCCGCUCCCUGCUGGAUGGGGACAGAGAGGAGGGGGAGCGGGGAGGGCAGGGGGAAGGACAGGGGGAAGGGAAAGGGGUAGGGAAGGGGGAAGGGGUGCAUAAGAAGGCAGGUAGCGGGGGGGGUAGCCCUCAGCGGCGGCGGUUUGGGCUCUUCUCUCGGCCGCAGGGUGGGGAGGGAAGGACGGCGUCACACAACAAAGUGGGGAAGGUUGGAGCAGGCAUGGGUGCAGGCGGGCAGAUAAGAGAACACACUGGGGAAACAAGCUCCGUCUCUCAUGAUGCUGCAGGUGGUGGUGGUGCUGGCGAUGCUAGUGAGGGUGAACCCGGCAGCAGCCGUGGCGUGGUGAGGGGGAGGGCGAGGGCACGGGUGGUGGCAGUGUUUGUGGCGGCAGACAGCUUCGCGGCGUUCAAGUUCUUCAAACGCGCCUACGCGCAGUGGCCCACUGAGGACCACAGUGUGGUGGCGGUGCAUGCUGAGGUGGAGGAUGACUCGGAGGAGCGCCUGCUGUCGGCCAAUCAGAUGGAGAUUUUGCGGAUCUGGCUGCUCAGCACGUGCCACGUCAUCAUUGCCAGCCCAGAAUCACCCGAGGGCUAUCUAGCCAGCGGCCUUGCCGGCCGCCCACCCUUCCUGCUCUCACACCCCCCUGCCACCACCGCCACCACCGAGAGUCACCACGGCGAUCCAGCAGCAGCAGCAGUGGCAGCCGCUGCAGCAGCAGCAGGCAGAGAGCACCAGGGGGGAUGCACGCGCAGUUGGUCAGCAGAGGGGUGUCACCUGGGGGCUCCUCUCGCCCUCACGUGCUCGUCAGACCCGCGAGGGGACGGGUCAGGAGGGGUGAGGGAGCGAGAGCACCGCUCCUCCGACCCGGCGCGCUGGCUGCCUUUCCUGCGCCGCUGUGCUGACCACCCUCAAGGGCUUACGCUCCUGGCCAAGCUCACUCACCCUGACCCGUGA